UUUCCUGUUUCCUGUAAAUGCAACCCUGUGCAGUUGUUUCUCUGUGCUCAUGCAAAGACAAAGUUCACAGCCACACUGUGAAUAUUUUUUGUUUCUAUGGUGUGUAAGAGCUGAUAAGACAUGGCUGGUAAGUAUAAUCUGUAUGUGGUAAGUUGAACAUUCAGCAUGUAUUUUUCAUGUGGAGUUCUUCUAUAUGAAUGAAUCACAAUGAUUGGUCUAAUGACUCAAUACCUGCCUGUGUUCAGGCACUAUGAUUUAAAAAGAAAACUCCAAUAUUUAUAAAAGACAGUACACUGCAGUGAAUAACUAUUUAAUUUACAGCAGUUUUUUUCUUACAUUUUUGAACCACUUGAGUCAGAAUCAGUAUUUGUAUUGCACCACAUUCAGCAACCAUUUGGGUUAAAUAGUACUUGAUUAUAUUAACCAUUUUUAACUCGUCUAGAAUUAAAUCCUAUUAUAUGUAUUUUUUUCUUGCAUUUCUUUUCAUUUAAAAUCAAUGUUUGCAUCUUGUAGUCACCUUUAAAUCUCCCGUAUAAUACCCUUGAUUGCAUUAGGAGACAUUUGCAAAACAAUGGUAAUUGUGAUAAAUAUUAUGGAAGCAGUACUACUUAUAAAAAUACCUUUUCACUUCCUGGUUUCCUUAACUUUAGUUUGACUGUAAGCACUGAGUCAGUGGUGUAACUAGAGAACGCGUCGAGAGGAGCAUGCCGAUGGUUACCUUAGUGUGUCCCCAGAGUGGUCAGUUAUUCCCUCAGAUCGAGUAGGUACCUGCUAACCUGGACAGCAGGUGCUUACUCUGCUGGAUUGAGGAGGAAGGCGGCAAGUUAGUGCUGAUCUUUCAGUUCCUCGCUGAUUCCUUGCGCGCCCUUUGUGGUGAUGUCGGGAGUCGGAAUAUGACGUUACUCCAGAGGGAGCAGUGUGAGGACCUGGGAGAUUGCAGGAGCCCCCCGGAUCCCAGGGAGAAGACCCAUACCAGCUCACCUAAAAAUGACACCACAAUAAAUAGAAAUAAUUUGUGAGUGUGUGUGCAAGAAUGUGUGAUGUGUCUGUCAUGUAUGUGUGUAUUUGUCAGUAUAUGUGUGUUUGUGUGUCUGUCUGUGAGUGUGUCUGUCAGUGUGUAACUGUAAGUGAAGGUGUGUCCAUCAACGGGAGUGUCAGUGUAUCUGUCAGUGAGUGUUUCUCUGUCAGUGAGUGUUUCAAAUCAGUGAGAUUGUGUCUGUCAUUGAGAGUGUAUGUCUGUAAGUGAGUGUUUCAAACUGGUGAGAUUGUGUGCCUGUCAGUGAGUGUGUCUGUCAGUGUGUAUCUGUGUGUGUAUAUGUCAGUGUUUACGUGUUUGUGUUUCAGUGUGUAUGUGCAGGGCAGUGUAUGUGCACCCAGUAAUCAAUAAAAAAAAAAGAGGCAGGUAUCCGAUAGAUUUCUCCUUAGUGGGGGCUAGCCCCUAGUGAAUUACAAAAAUACAAAAAGUAAAGGACAAACAGGAGAAAGAUAGGAGGAGGGUGAAUUAUCCUAGUAGAGUGGGUUUCCCUCUCUCACAGGGAAACUUAUGGGGAAGAGUAUAAUAACAAAUUACAAAACUUCACUAAAUACUAAAACUUAACUUUUAAUUUUAAGCAAGCUUAAAUAGGGGUUGGUAAGAAUGCCUAACACACGUGAGAAAUAUGGUAAAAACGGCAACUCAAUGCCACAAUAUUGUUCAGUUUGUAAUUAACUAUAUAAACAAGAGAAAGUUGCUACAAUAGCAAACAAAAUUCCCAGAUUUUACUAGUAACAUGACGUAAAGUCAUGAUUUUAUUAAAGACACGGAGGCGAGUAUUAUGCAUAACUCUUUCUUUAUUUCCUCAGCAGCAAAGAAAGAGAAAUAUAAAUAUUAUCAAAACUGAAGAAAAAACUGUAUAGGCACAACAGGUAGCCAAUCACAGGAUAUAGGAAGUAGCUAUAUAAGUCUUGUGUCUCCCACAAUCCCCCUCUUUCUUGCGAACCGAAGACCAGGUAAGAUGAACGAUGUCCCACUUGGUCGAAACAGGGUAACAGGAAACGAUGCGACAAUUUCAAGCUAAAAAAGAUAGAGAAAUAUGGUAAUUUCUUAAUACAGAACUGCAGACUUACCAAACAUAAACUUGGGGAGACACAGGUAAAACAGAGUCCUGAAAUAUAAAACAUCAGAAUUAGUACACAACAUAAAGGUACAACAACCCGUACAAAAGAUGCAAAUCAAACUGAUAGAGUACAGACCAAACUGGAAAAAACAUACCUGUAGAGCCACCAAGCAUCUCUUGUCCCAACUCCACUCCGGGAGGGUGGGAGGGAAUAAUACUCGCCUCCGUGUCUUUAAUAAAAUCAUGACUUUACGUCAUGUUACUAGUAAAAUCUGGGAAUUUUAUUAAAGACACGGAGGCUCAUAUUAUGCAAGUUCAAAGCUGCGCUACCACACGAGAUGCGAUGUGCUCAAUUGGUCUGAAGUAGAAGGUUCGGAAGGUCGAUUCCCGAGACCAAUCCGCCGCUCGCAUGAUGUCCUCUAGGCGACAUCCGACUGAAGAGGCUUUCGAGGCCAUCGCGCCCCUUACAGAAUGAGGCGUAAAUAUUGAGGUGUCUAUACCCGCGGAGGAUAGCAGCCAGCGCACCCAACGUGCUAGGGUAGGAGUCGAAACCGGCCGGUGAGGUGAUUUAAAGGAUAUGAACAGAUCGUGCAGGUCUGCUAUGCGAAGGGGACGUGUAACAUCCAGAUAGUCCUUGAUGCAAUCCACCGGGCAGAGCGUUGGACAGUCUGAAAACCUAGGGUAUGUAAGUGACUUAGAUGCAGACUUGGUCCUCCUGGAAAUGUCGAAGGUGACGCCUUCUGGGGUGAAUGCAACGGCGUCCCAGUCCAGGGCCCGAACGUCAGAGACUCUUCUGCAAGAAAUCAGGCACAGUAACAUAACCAAUUUGGCAGACAAUUGCUUGAGAGUCAGCUCCAAAUUGGGGUACCAUGAUGAUAGGAACUGUAGCAUCACGUUGACGUCCCAAAAGGUGGCAAAACGAGGUCGAGGAGGACGAGCAAGGCGAAUACCCUUGAGAAGUCGACAGACAAAAGGAUGCUUGCCGACCGGAGAACCGUCUAGACCUUCGUGACCGGCUGAGAUAGCUGAGCGGAAAAGGUUGAUCGUGCGGUAUGCCUUGCCCGAAUCAAAUAGGAACGUGAGGAACUCCAGAAUCAAAGGCAGAGGGGCAGAUACGGGAUCCAUUGCCCGUUCCAUGCACCAACCAGACCAUGAUCUCCAUGAAUGUCGGUAAGCUGUCCGUGUACCCGGGGCCCAGGCGUUAUCGAGGAGUCGGAGAGUUGACUGCGAAACGUCUGGGAUAACCCAAGGUCCCCUGAAAGGAACCAUGCUAUGAGGGGUAGCUGAUGCUGCAACACCAGGUCGUGAGAGUUCCCAUCCGGAUCCAGAAGGAGGUCUUGGAAUACCGGAAGUAAACGAGGGUAGUCUAUGGACAGUUCCAUCAGCCGAGGGAACCAUGGUCGAGACCUCCAUAGAGGGGUGAUCAAAGCCAUCCGACAAUCGUGGCGGACCAGUUUCGAGAUCGUGCGUGCGAUCAUGUUGAAUGGGGGAAAUGCGUACAUCAGACCCGGUGGCCAUUCCUGGAGGAAGGCAUCUGUCGCUAUUGCAGCCGGGUCCGGCCUCCAACUGUAGAACCUCGGUAGCUGAGUGUUCAGGCGUGAUGCGAAUAGGUCUAACUGGAACGGGCCCCACAACCUGUUCAGGCACUGGAACACUGAAGCAUGUAGAUGCCAGUCCCCGGAGUCCCGUAAGUGUCUGGAAUUCCAAUCCGCCCCCGAAUUGUCCAGACCUGGGAUGUGUUCCGCCGUCACCGAAACGUUGUUGUAGAGGCAGAACUGCCAAAAAUCCUUUGCCAGAAUCGCCAACAUUUUGGAUUUCGUGCCCCCUAGGUGAUUUAUGUAACGAACUGCUGAUACGUUGUCCAUCUUGAGGAGAACGCAACAAUUCGCCCUCCCCGGAGCAAGGCUGCGGAUCGCGAAGGCACCUGCCAGAAGUUCCAGGCAGUUGAUGUGUAACGACUUCUCUGUGUCGGACCACCUGCCUCCUGUGGAGACGUUGCCACAACGAGCGCCCCAGCCGUGUAAGCUGGCAUCGGACUCUAUCACUACAUCCGGGGCGAACCGAAGAUGGCUCUUCCGUUCCAUGCCUCCAUGUGCGCCAACCACCACGCCAGUUCGUCCCUGGACUCCUCGUCUAAUGUAAUCCGAGAUUCGUAUGAAUGACCGGAGCGAAGUCGUGAUCCCUUGAGCCGUUGGAGCGCUCGGUAAUGUAGGGGGCCCGGGAAAAUUGCUUGAAUAGAGGCCGCGAGAAGGCCGAUAAUUCUCGCCAGUUGUCUGACCGACAAAUCUGGAACACGGAGGGCCCUCCGAAGUUCCUUCUGGAUGGCUUUCACCUUGGCAUCCGGGAGGAACAGGAACUGCUGGAUGGAAUCCACUUGAAAACCCAGAAACUCUAUGGACUGGGCAGGGACCAGGACCGACUUGCUCCAAUUGAUCAGAAAUCCCAACUUCUGCAGGAGAUCGGUCGUCCAUCCCAGGUGUGUGAGGAGAUCCUCUCGUGACUGGGAUAAAAUCAAGAUAUCGUCCAGGUAGAUAAUGAGGCGAACCCCUCGGGUUCGGAGGAAUGUCACCACAGGCUUCAUGAGCUUGGUGAAGCACCAAGGGGCCGAGGAGAGACCGAAAGGCAGGCAGGUGAAGCGCCAACGACGCCCAUGCCAGGUGAAGUGGAGAUAAUCCCGGAACUCCACAGCGAUGGGGACCGUAAAGUAUGCGUCCUUCAGGUCUAGCUUGGCCAACCAGUCCGAUUGACGUAGGAGGUCUCUGAGGCAGUGUAUACCUUCCAUCUGGAAGUGUUGGUAUCGUAGAAAAGCGUUGAGUGGGCGAAGAUUUAUGACAGGGCGAACUCCGCCUCCUUUCUUGGGCACUAGGAAUAAAUUGCUCGUAAAGCCUGGGGCGGCGAACGGCAACUCCUCUAUAGCGCCCUUGGACAGCAUCUCCACCACUUCCGUGGAGAUCAUCUCGUCCUGUUCCUGAGGGAGGGACAAUUCUCUGGGGAAGUAAAACUGGACAGGCAUGGAAACAAACUCCAGACGAAAACCCCUUUACACAUUGUAAAACCCAAGCAUCUGAGGUGAUCUUUGCCCAUUCUUGACAAAAUAGGGCCAGUCUCCCCGCCACCCGAACUUGAGCGUGAGGGGAAGAAAGGGUACUCACCGUAAGGACGUCUGCCGGGGGUACCACCGCGGGGGUAUCUGGAUCCCCAGGCCCGACCUCUUGCCGGGAAGAAGGGAGGGGCCCUCUGUUCCUGAAACCCUCUCGAGGGAAAGAAGGAACCUCUGGUUGCGCGGAAUGCGCCUCGGAAACCACGGCCGGGUGGACGGUUCCUGCUACGCCCGGCCCCUCCGAAAACCUUAGGUGCGAACACGCGCUUCAUGUUCGCCUGUGCCUUGUCAAUAGCCGUAAAGGUCUUGACAUAAGCACCCAUAUCCUUAACGAAGGACGCGCCAAACAGGAGACCCUCCUCAGUUGGAUCAGGCUCCGCCACAGUCAUAGCGGCCAAUUUAGGGUCGAUCUUCAGGAGGAUCGCCUUGCGUCUUUCUGUAGACAUGGCCGUAUUGGCGUUCCCCAGUAAGCAAAUAGCUCUUUGGACCCAACCAACGGCCACAUCCACGUCCAGGACGGAGUCCCCGGUCCUGGCAGCAUCCAAAAGCUCGUAAAGCUUGGAAAGGGGACCUAGUGUAUCCAGGAUCUUGUCCUGGCAGCUUUUAAGGGAGUGGUCCAGGCCCUUCUUGGGCUUCCAUCCUGACUUAUUCAGGAAUUGAGCGAUUUGCGGGUCAAUGUCCGGGGUUUUGCAAGCCGCGCCCGGGAGGGACGGGCGUGGGCACUCGGCGCGCAAUUUAUUGCGGCCUUCCCUAGAAAGUGGCGUGCGGAUACGCUUAGCCACAUAUUGGGCGAUGUGAUCUGGGGGAACCCACUCGGCGGACCGAGGAUGACGUAAGUCGUCUGGGUCAAACAGGGGGUUGCCCUGCGGGUCAAGGAUCGAGGUGUCACCCCCCGGGGGAGCAAGUGAGGGGCCCCGGGUAAUGGCGGAGGACCCGGAGGGGUUCACGCCCGUAAGGGGCAAAUCCUCGCCAGAAUCAUCAUGAUCAAAGGAGUCGUACUCCAUAGCGUCGGACUCAUCCUCCACACUCCGGUCGGUAUCCGACCCAAUAUCAUGGGCUUUAGCCCUUUUCCACAGUCUAGCCUUUUUAGCCCGGCCAGGGGCUCUUUUGCGCGUGGGGUGCGCGCUAUCUGAGACCGCCUCAGGCGUGUCAGUCAUGGCAGGUAGAACCUGCAUCGAGGAGUGGGAGCCGACAUGUUUGGAUUUGGCCCUUGCCUUACGGGCUCCAGGCACGGUCUGAGCAGGGGAAGGGGCGGGGGUGGCCAGAGCAGGUAAAACUAGAGAGUGCAGGGAUUGGGAAAAAUUGGAAGAGACAGCUCCCAUGGCAGAGGCAAUAGCCUUUUGUAUGGAGGAAGCCAUAGUGGCCUCAAACAUAGCUUGGAAUUCCUGGGAGGCUAUGGCACCAUCAGUGCUGUCCAAAUGGAAAUCCCCAGGGGGACCAGCAGGCCCAUCACCCCUAUCCUGCAUGUUAACACUGAUGUGUAAUGAAUGCAGAGCAAACUGAGUAGAAAAUUUAUAUAAAUGAGAAUAAUGAAUAUAAAAGUAAGUCUAUCAAACUAAAGGGACUAGAGAAAAACUAGUGGAGAGGUGAAGGAGAGGGUUGAUUAACCCACAAGAGCAAUACAGACUGGCCGGCUGGUGUUCUCAGGGAGCAGGGUAACGAGGUGACCGGCCGCACGGCAGCACUGGGAGAAACAAAGGACCGCCCAAAAUGGCCGCCGCACGAGGGAAGGCACACGCGGCGAGCACUCGGCGGGGAAAGGGGCUCGUGCACCCGCCCGCCGAGCCGGCUCGCGAGUGAGGGAAGGGGGGGGGGCGUGCGCACUGCCGCGGUCGGGAGAAGGGGCGGCUGCGGCACGACAAGCACGGGGACCCGUGCAGUAACCACGGGAGGGGAGUAGAGGGAGGGAAAAAACCACCGACAGGGGAGGGAAAACACCCGCGGACCCAGGGAAAACACCAGCCGCAGUAAAAAUCAACAGUAUGUUAGGCAAACCAGCCAAAACACAUAGCAAUAAAAACAGUGCAAUAAAACAAACUACCAGUAAAAACAGAAUGUACAGCAACACAGAGCAGAAAAAGUACUUAUCUGUCUGAGGAAGCAGCAAAGAAAGAGGAGGAUUGUGGGAGACACAAGACUUAUAUAGCUACUUCCUAUAUCCUGUGAUUGGCUACCUGUUGUGCCUAUACAGUUUUUUCUUCAGUUUUGAUAAUAUUUAUAUUUCUCUUUCUUUGCUGCUGAGGAAAUAAAGAAAGAGUUAUGCAUAAUAUGAGCCUCCGUGUCUUUAAUAAAAUCUAUAUCCUGUUUUGACAGAAUUAAUGGCAUAAAAGGAUAAGAAGAGCGACUCUGUCUAAAUAUGUAAGCAGAUGUCAACAGAAAAAAAACUUGCACUGAAGGUGGAAGUCAGGGCCGCCACCAGAAAUUUUGGGGCCCCUAACUCAGCUCAGGGUCUGGGGCCCGCCUCCAAAUACCGCCCACUGGGUCUGCCUCCAAAUACCGCCCACAGGAAUACACACACAGACACAAACACACACACUGAUACAAAAGGACACAGAUACAUACUAAUAGACACACAUACUGAAACAGACAUACACACAUACAUACUGACACACACAUACUGAGUCUGAGACAUACACACAGGCAUACAUAGUGACAGACAGACACAUACAUACGGACACACAUGCAUGAGGACAUAAAGACACAUACAUACAGACAUACUGACAGACAUACUGACAGACAUACAGACACUGACAUCCAUACACACAUACAUUCAUAAUGGCAUACAGACAUACAUUCAGACUGACAUACAUGCAUAUAUACAGACAUACUGACAGACAUACGUUCAUAAUGAUAUGCAGGCAUACAUUCAUACUGACAUACAGACAUACAUAUAUACAUACAUAUGCAUACAUACAGACAUACAUGCAUCCAUAGACAUACACAUACAUACAGACAGACAUACAUACAUACAUAGACAUAUAUGCAUACAGUCAGACAGACAAACAUAGACAUACACACACAUACAUACAGACACACACAGACAUACAUGCAUACAGACAGACAUACAUACAUAGACAUACAUACAUACAUACAUACAUAGACAUACAUGCAUACAGACAUACAGACAUGCAUACAGACAGACAUAGACAUACAUACAUACAUAGGCAUGCAUGCAUACAGACAUACAUACAGACAUACAUACAUACACAGACAGACAUACAUCCAUAAACAUAGACAUACAGACAUACAUGCAUGCAUACAGACAGACAGACAUAGACAUACAGACAUACAUACAUACAUACACAUACAUACAGACAUACACGCUUGCAUACAGACAGACAUACAUAUAUGCAUACAGACAGACAUACACAUACAUACAUACAGACAGACAUACAUACAUAGACAUACAUAAACAGACAGACAUACAUACAUAGACAUACAGACAUACAUACAUACAGACAUACACGCAUGCAGACAGACAGACAGACACACAUGCAUACAGACACACAUACAUACAGACAGACAUACACAGCGGAGUGGGCUGGGAGGAAGUGACCACUUCCUCCCAGCAGCACUUGUGGCUGCUUUUUUUUUUUUUUAAGGGGCCCGGUCGCGGCCACAGCGCUGACCGGGCCACUGAAGAUAUAGGACCCAUCGGGUGGCCCUAAGUGUGUGGUUGUCACCCCCUGAUGGCGGCCCUGGUGGACGCUGUCUAAACAGUACGGUCUGGAGAUCAAAUUGUAAUUUGUGGCUGUAGCCUCAAGAGAUAGGGUUAAUACAUGCAAUACACUAUUGCCAGUUAAGGUAGUAUGUCAUAUUCACUGAACAAAAAUCGGAAAGAAUCACGUUGUUAAAGUGGCUAAGACAGUAUACUGUUUAUAAAACAUAUGUCAGCAGUGCAGUUGUGCUGCUGCCACUUAUCUAUGUCUGAUAGACAAAAACCAGUGCAUUAAGUCAUAAAGUAGCACUUGUUAUAAAACAUAUAUUUGGUAGAUUGAAUAUUUAUCCAUGGAAAAAUGUGUUAUCCGAUGUGAUGUCAGUAAGGGGAAUACUGUUAUGGUAAAAGUUUUUAUUUAAAGGAUCACUAGAGGGUCAGGAACACAAACAUGUAUUCCUGACCCUAUAGUGUUAAAACCACCAUUUAGCCCCCCCGGGUCCCUCAUGCCUCCAUAAAUGUAGCAAAAUCUUACUGCGCUCAAGCCUGAAGUUGUAGAUCUGCAUGCUGUUUGCCUCAAAGGCUGUCUGCUGACAUCAUCAUAAGUGGUAGCCUGAUCCAAUCACAAUGCUUCCCCAUAGGAUUGGCUGAGGCUGACAAAGAGGCAGAUCAGGGGCAGAGCCAGCAUCAUUCAAACACAGCCCUGGCCAAUCAGCAUCUCCUCAUAGCGAUUAAUUGAAUCAAUUAAUCUCCAUGAGGAAAGUUCAGUGUCUGCAUGCAGAGGGAGGAGAUACUGAAUGUUUGGAUGCAUUUUAGGCAGCCAUGACCCAGGAAGGAUCUAUAACAGCCAUCUGAGGAGUGGCCAGUGAAGUUAUCACUAGGCUGUAAUGUAAACACUGCAUUUUUUCUGAAAAGACGGUGUUUACAGCAAAAAGCCUGAAGGUAAUGAUUCUACUCACCAGAACAAAUUCAAUAAGCUUCAGUUGUUCUGGUGACUCUAGUGUCCCUUUAAUGUGUCAGUGCAGAGUCUGACUUGACAUCUGUUAGAUUUGAUAUAUUAUAGCAGCACUGUAUCUGAUCGCUCAUUUGUUUAGUUUUGUCUGAGUAGACUGAAAUAAUUAUGGUUUAAGCAGCGUUAUCAAGGUAGCUGCAGUGGAACGAAAUGUGAAAUACGUUUAUCCAGCGAGCUAUUUGGCUGUAUUUACAGCCAGACACUGUAAAGUAUUAUAUAGACACUAAACAGGUAUAACCAAUGAUAACACAGAUGAUGAAAACCACAGUAUAAUAUAAGCGGAAAGAAAAUCCAUGAGGAGGUGUAUCCUAAUUUCCAGGCUGAUGUCGGUAAAGAGAUACUGUCGCCAUAGGCUUAGGUGAACUAAACGGUGUAAUUUGUAUCCAAUAAUUUUGUCUAUCUCCAGAGAGUGGAAAUGGAGUAGGUGCAAAUAUAUGAUACAUAAUACAUCCCUGCUGGUACCGACAUGCACUAGCCUAUAUCUCCUGCUUAGUUACAGGGAAACUAUACACCUCCUCCCGCCAUUAACAUAAGAGCGACUGCCAUAUAGAUUCAAUAGUUCUCGUGCUGUCAGUACUGAUAACUAAAAACGACAGCUAGUGCAUAGAUAGGUGCUAUACUGACUGUGCUGCUAUUAAAGGAAUGGCAGCUAGUCCUAAGAUUCGGAAACUCAGUGUGCUUUUUUGACAGAUGACAGAUGGCACAGAGCCGCUCACCAAAAAAUUAUGAGCAAGUAAUGCAGUGUAGACCUGCUCAUGUUACAGCACGGAUACGAGUAAUACACUGAUGAUUUAGUAAUGAUGGAUAAUGCCAGGUAAGUGCCCCAUGAUGAGUCAUGGCGGCGAAACUCGCGUCAGAGGCACUUACCUGGCGUUAUCCAACUUUCUCUUGUUUUUAUAGUUAAUUACAAACUGAACAAGAUUUUGGCACUGAGUUGCCUUUUUACCGUAUUUCUCACGGGUGUAAGGCAUUCUUUCCAAGUAUUAGUAUUUAGUGAAGUUUUGUAAUUUAUUAUACUCUUCCCCAUAUGUUUCCCUGUAAGAGAGGGAAACCCACUCUACUAGGAUAAUUCACCCUCCUCCUAUCUUUCUCCUGUUUGUCCUUUACUUUUUGCACCCAAUAAUCAAACAUCAAGUGUACAUACAAACACAUUCAAACACUAAACACAAGUAUACCACUGCUUUCAAAUAGCAACAGUACAUACAAACAUACAACUGCAUUCAAAUGCAGAAACUGCACACACAUACAUACAUACAUUAAAUGCAUACAUUCAACUACACAAAAUAUGCUUAAAUUCGUCAGUUAUUUUUUUAUAUUGCAAUAACAAGUGUUUGUUCAUAAAAAUUGAAAUGCACUUUGUCAACAAAUAGUCUUUACAUGUGUUGAAUUAGGCUUACAACCAGAGGGACAGGUUGGAUGGGAACUGCGGGGGUAAUUUUGUUCUGCUCCGGGCGACCGUAUCUCUGGUUACGCCACUGCACUCAGUUGAAGGUCUCAGCCAAUGAGAGGGCCCUGCACUACAUGGCUUAAUGCGGGGGAGCCUGUAACAGGCUUACAGCAGACCCAAGGUGAGUUGUCAAACCAUUUGUACAUACUUACCCUGGGAGGGCUCCAGUGCAUUCCUGGCCCCAUAACCACACCAGCAUGUUAUAGUGGUUAUAGUGCUUCGAGUGUUUCUUUAAGUCUGGUUAUUUUAAAUUCUUGUAUGCUUCAAACUGUACCUCAAUCUGAAUAAUCAACUACUUUAAGAAAUUCCAUACAGAAUGGAAAAAGUAGUUGUAAUCUUUACGUUGUAAAUAUAAUAAUGUGUGUUUUAUAUUCUAUUAUAUCAUUAAAUUUAAAGGUGGGUGGUUAUAUAUUCUGGUUUCAUGAAGGUAUAAUUCCCAAUAUUACAAUAACUAUGAUGCUCAUUUUCAUGCUAAACUCUCUCUCGCCAUAAGUAGCUAACUGACUUUUCUGCAGACGAACUUCAACGAGUGAGAACUAAAUUGGUGGAAAAAGCCAGCCAAGCACUGCUUGAUGGUCUGCUCGAUGACCUACUUGAUAGAGCAAUAGUGAGUGAGGCAGAAAUGGACGACAUCAAACAGAGAUAUCCUGUUACCAGAGACAGAUGCCGCCAAAUGGUUGAUACAGUAAAGCGUAAAGGAGACUUGUCCUCCAGUUUCUUACUCCAGAAACUAUCUGAAAGGGACACCAUUCUCUGCACAGAACUGAAUAUAAAAGGUAAAUAUAGCAGGAAAUAGUGUGUCAUUUAUGAAAAGGGAGACAGUAUUAAUGUUACACAUAAAACAGUUGCCACGUGUCCCUUGAUUAUAUAACCAACCCCCUUCUGGGGAUUACAGAUCCAGUACAUUUAGAUUGUAAGCUCACGGGCUAUCUAACUAAGCAUUCUAUAUAAAAGAGCUUCAAAGGCUAUUGCAUGUUGGCUUACAUUAUGAUUAUUUUUUUAAUUACUCUCAGUGCUACAAAUAAAAAUGUGAUAAAGAAAAAUUAUUUGCUCAUAGAAUCCUUACAAUUACCGCCAGUCAUAGUCUACAUUAUGUAAAAACCAAACCAGGAACUGCACUCUUCCAUAAGCACACACUAAGGUGCAAACGGACCAAGGGGCCAACACCCAGCCCCUUGAUAUAAUUUGUAGUCAAAGGAGAAAAUAUUCAGUGACUCCAAGACAACAUAAAGGCUAUUUUAUUGGACCCAAAUGUCCAGCAACGUUUCGACCUAAGAUGGUCUUUUUCAAUGUCGAAACGUUGCUGGACAUUUGGGUCCAAUAAAAUUGCCUUUAUAUUACCUUGGAGUCACUGGAUAUUUUCUCUUUUGACUACAAAUAGUAUGAUAUAAUUUAUAGUUAUUUGAUUAGUAAGUGAGUGCUUUAUUUUAACUCAUUAGUGAUGUUUUUUGUGUGUUGAUAGUUAAUGUAAUACUUUCCGUUGCCAUGGAUGCUCUGGCGUAUUCUGCGCUGUACAUGCGCUAGAUUUGCCAUAUAUGUGCAAGUUAUUAAUUCAAACAGCUGACUAAAACUAGGCAAAGCUGUCAGAAACAUAUUCUAGUGUUUUGUGUUAAUCUGUACCUACCUGUCAAUUUAAAGAGAAUAGAACUUCCUAUCUAUAUAUAGAAGCGAAAACCACAGCUAUACAUGCAGCCUUACAACCCUUAGUUGGGGCUGAAAUCCUGAUAUUUAAAGGCAAGGUUGUUGCUUCUGAAGCUGCUCCAUUGCAGAUUUUUUUUGAGUGAAGAGGAAGUUCUGGUACAUAUGCUUUAAAGCACAAAUAUACUGUCAGGAAUACAAACAUGUAUUGUUUAACUAUUUAGGUUCCCAGCCCCUCCUAGAUCGCUUAGGAAAGGUGUUUAUACUCACGUUUUCUCCCACGCUGUACCGGUCUCCCAUGCUUGAUGAUCUCAGCCAAUCUAUUGGGAGGCUAUUGCGCAUGUGCGGCAAAAUACUGCACUGCGCCAGUCAGCAUCUCCUUGUACAGAGAUGCAGUGAAUCAAUUAAUCUCUAUGGGGAAUGUUCAUUGCCUUCAUGCAGAGCAAACGUCAGGCUCAAUUUACCAAGGGUCCAUCACCUAAAACAAGUGAGCAAAUAUAAGAAAAAUUAGUUCUAAAGAAAGAGCAUAUUUGAGCCUUAAUGAUGAUUACAUUAUUAGGAGAGAGUUUCUCUUAUUAAGCCUUCACGUCUUUUGCAGUUUUAUGAAACCCUGACACAACUGCACAAUAUUGUAUAAUGGCUUGAUCCCUAUAGUGAGAAUUCAAAGUGGAUUCAGAGUGAAGCUCAAAUUUAAGUUCAGACUAGCCGAACUGAAAACAUAUCUGACUUAGACAGUGUUCCUAGUUUGGCUUUUUUAAUCUUAAAUUUGAAUUUCACUUUGAAUUCUCACUAUAGUGGAUAACAUUGCAAGACUGAAGAAUGUCAGAAGCCUAAAAAAAUAUUUGAUCAGCAGCUUGCUAUAAAGCAGGAGAGCGUUCGUUGAAAUUGGGGGAUUUCCCAGGAAGAAUAAAAGCAUGGGUUGUCCAAAAACAAGAAUUUAUGUAAAAAUAAAAUCUGCCUGACUAAUAGUGACAAGUGUGCUUAAAGGUCAAAACCUUUAGGUUUUAGGGGAAGAUAAUCAAUAAUUCCACGCAGAAGGCUAAAAUCCAUACUGUUCCUCUAAUGAACACACUAGCAAGAGUAAAUAUGUGGAAUCAAACAGAACCAGUCUUUUCAGUUGAGUCGAACAGAUGCACAAUAAGUUGAAUAAGUGAUCUGAAACUUGCAGAUAGUUACAAAACCCUUCAAGGCUCCUUGAGAUAUAUUUCUAAGUAAAGAAAACCGAUUGGGGAUUCUGACUUGUAAUAAGUCUCCAAACCAUAGUUACCGUCGCUUACAUACAUUACAAAGUCAAAGAGGUCUUUUGUAAAAAGAUCUUCUAAUGCCAAAUACUGGAUAGUCAAGAUCAGAUCAGGAUUAACAAUUAGGUGACCUUAGGCAGCUGUUUAGUGCCAGAGAUUAGACGGGGCCUCUGAAACAUAAAUUUGCUUUGCUCCAUUAACGAUCCAUAUGUGAAAAAUGAAAGAAGGGGCAAAUUGGUAACCUGCCAAGGGUCCAAUGGGAUCUUAAUUCUUCUCUGGCCAAGAUAGAUCUCAAACACACAUAAUGUGUUAUUAAAACGCAGAUGUUACAUCAGUUCUCUCAUUGUUACAGUCUUCGGCCCUGCUGUGACUCACAUAAAUUAUGAAACUAGUGGUCAGUUUACUAGAGGAUAGACAUGUGCAAUUCGUUUCGGUCCGAAUAUGAAUUCGGAUGAAUUUCCGGCAAUUCGGACAUUUGGGUAUUGCCGAAUUGCUGAGGUUCCAAAAUUACCGAAGUUCCGAAGUUUCAAAGUUCCGAAGUGUCGAAGUUCCGAAGCACAGUAUUGCCUGAGUACUAAUAUACUUACUCAGUGAAAGAAGAAGAAUGUUACAUUGUAUACAAUUUUAAAUAAAAAGUAUACAAACAUAGCCAGGAUUCAGCUAUAAGCAUUUGCAACACUUACAACAAUCAAGUAACAUACAUUCAUAUAAAAUGUAAGUUACUUGGCCAGUCAAUGUAAUGACAGGAAUGAACGAGUAGAUAACUCCCUAAUUCCCACGGUAUAAGGGAGCUAUCGACUAAAAGGCUGAAAGACCUAAAUUGGUCUUUCAGCCAAAUUUACUAAUACUAAGUAAAGAUUACUUAGUAUUAGUAAAUUAUGCCCCUACUCGCCAUACCGCGAGUAGGGGCAUGUCUAUUAAAUUUUCGGUUCGGCAUUCCGAAAUUCGGGACUUCGGCAAUUCAGCACUUCGGCAACUUCUGCCCUUCAGCACUUCAGAACUUCUGCCCUUCAGCACUUCAGAACUUCGCCACUUCGCAAAUUCUGCAACUUUGGCACUUCGACAAUUAGGAACUUCGUAAUUUCGGAACUAAGGCAUUUCGGAAUUUUGGGACUUUGGCACUUCUCUUGCAGCCGCUUAGUAGAUAACUCCCUAAUUGCCACGGUAUUAGGGAGUUAUCUACCAAACGGCUGAAAGACCUAAAUUGGUCUUUCGGCCAAAUUUACCAAUACUAAGUAAAAAUUACUUAGUAUUAGUAAAUUUUGCCCCUACUCACUAUACUGCGAGUAGGGUCAUGUCUAGUAAACAGUGAACAGCCUGUGGCUGCUCACUGUUAAAAAAAAAAAAUAGGGUCCCCCCUCCUAUUGUCCUCCCCCCCGACCCCCACCCCUGAGUAGUGGGUGGGGGCACUAAAUACUAAUAAGGGGGAGGUCCUAAUGUUCUCCUCCCUGGCCCCCACCCCUGAGAGGUGGGUGGGGGCCCUAAAUUGGAAACAGGGGGGAGAACCUAAUGUCCUCCCCCCUGGGCCAUACCCCUGAGCGGUGGGUGGGGGCCCUAAAUACUAAUAAGGGGGGGACCUAAUGUCCUCCCCCCUGGCCACCACCCCUGAGCGGCAGGUGGAGGCCCUACAGUAAAAUAGGGGGGGACCUAAUGUCCUCCCCCCUGGCCCCCCCCCCUGAGCAGUGGGUGUGGGCCCUAAAUUGGAAUAAGGGGGGCACCUAAUGUCCUCCCCCCUGGCCCCCACCCACCGCUCAAGUACUAUUUUACUGUAGGGCCUCCACCUGCCGCUCAGGGGUGGUGGCCAGGGGGGAGGACAUUAGGUCCCCCCCUUAUUAGUAUUAGGGCCCCCACCCGCCGCUCAGGGGUGGGGGCUGGGGCAAUAGGUAGUUUAAGGGGCAAUAGGGGGGACCUUUUUUUUUUUUUUAACAGUGAGCAGCCACAGGCUGUUCACUGUUUACUAGACAUGACCCUACUCGCAGUAUAGUGAGUAGGGGCAAAAUUUACUAAUACUAAGUAAUUUUUACUUAGUAUUGGUAAAUUUGUCCGAAAGACCAAUUUAGGUCUUUCAGCCGUUUGGUAGAUAACUCCCUAAUACCGUGGGAAUUAGGGAGUUAUCUACUAAGCGGCUGCAAGAGAAGUGCCGAAGUCCCAAAAUUUUGAAAUGCCGACGUUCCGAAAUUCCAAAGUUCCGAAGUGCCAAAGUGCUGAAGUGGUGAAGUUCCGAAGUGCUGAAGUGCCGAAUUGCCGAAGUCCCGAAUUGCGAAAGUCCUGAAUUUCGGAAUGCUGAACCGAACCGAACCGAAAAUUUUCCCCAUGCACAUGCCUACUAGUGGAGUAUCGUUAAGCAGAAACCUAGAUGAUAAUUUUAAUGAUUUGAUGAUUUUAAGGAUUCUUGUGAACUGGAUCAACAUUUAGUUUCUUAAAGGGAUACUCUAAGCACCAUAACAAUUUGAGCUCAGUGGUAGUCUAUGGGUGCUGUUCCUCCUUAUUGGGGGAGGUUUGAGAAAGCUUUGGGCUCUGCAGAACACCCAUAAUAUAUACCCUCUUCAAAGACACUGAUAAUGCAGAAAUUACACUUGUAUUAAACUUGGCUACAACAUUUACUGUGGGUGACGAAAAAGUCUCAGACUCAUUUUGAUUAUGUUUUAGUGGAUGAAAAUGUAUUUCUAAUAAUAACUAAAAAUUUUUACAUUUAGCUCCCAAGGAGAGGCAGUCAACAGGACCUUUCAACAUUCCAGGUAAAUUGUGUUUUAAGUAGAAGGCGAUUCCAAAACAUUUAUAUAUAUAUAUUUACACUUAGAUAAUUAUAUUCAACUUCUCGUAAAUAUAUUAUCAGUCAAUCAUGUGUCAAUAACUCAAUGCAUAAAAGCUUACAGAUGUGGUUAAAAGUUCGAUAUGACAAAAAGCUUUGGGACAGCACCUAUAUACUAUUUGCAAAAUAGCCACUGUACAGAACUGUAGAGCUUAUGUUGCUAUGUUGCAUAGACAUCCCCUUUAACGACCCUAUUGUGAGACUGAGACAAACAGAAACCUUAGGUCUGAGACUUAUUUUUUUCUUGCUAUAGUAACUGUUGGCAAGAACAGGAUUGAGAUUUAAAUCAUGAAUUCAUUAAGGAAGUUUGAACUUUUAUAAUGCAAGUUCUAUAUUAAAUAAACACUAUAGGGUCAGUGAAAUGUAUUUCUGACCCUAUAGUGUUAAAAUCUCCAUCUACCCCCAAAUCAUGAACAGAGCCAACACAAGUCAAGCACAGCCCUGGCCAAUCAGCAUAUCCUCAUCGAAAUGAAUAGAAUCAAUGCAUCUCUAUGAGGAAAGUUCUGUGCCUGCAUGCAGAGGGUGGAGACACUGAAUGGCAGUGCUGCACAUUAGGCAGGACUGCUUAAGGAAGCACCUCUAGCAGCCAUCUGGUCAGUGGAGUUAUCACUAAUUUGUAAUCUAAACCCUGCAUUUUCUCUGAAAAGACAAUGUUUACUGCAAAAAGCCUGAAGGGAAUGAUUCUACUCACCAGAACAAAUGCAAUAAGCUGUAGUUGCUCUGGUGACUAUAGUGUCCAUUUAAGUAAGGGAUAGUGGGGUCUGCCAGACAACUCCUGUAGCCUAUAACUAUAUUGUAUAAAUUAUUAAUUAUGCCAUAACUACCAGAAAAACAGCUAGUGGGAAGGAUGUUUUUGAUAACAUCUUUAAUAUCUUGUUUUGUUUCAGUUCCCCCGCAGAGACUAAUUGCAGGACCGCCCUUGCCUUCAGGUAAGAUGGGAUAAUGUAUACAAGUACGAAGAGUGUAAAAAAUGGCUAUUAACAGUAUCAAUAUUCAAUGAGAAUUUUCUUCCUGUGUAUAUAUUCGUACUGUGAUUUUAGUCAGGACUGCACACUAAACUAUUCAUUAUGGCAUCUCAUAGGUUGGCUAGUGGUUGGGGAUAGUUGUAAACUUUAUAUAAACUAUUCCAUAACUUUUGUAUAUAUAGUUACACUUAGAUACUUAUAUUCAACUGCUCCUGAAUAUAUUAUUAGCCAAUCAUGUAACUGUAGCUUAAAUUCAUAAAAGAGGUUAAUUUGAUUUAACAAAUAGGUCUGAUUUCACAAAAAACUUUAGGACAGCACCUACAGACUAUUUGCAAAAUAACCUUUGUACAGAGCUGUAGUGCUUAUGUUGCUAUGUUGCAUAGACAGUCCCUUUAAUUACUCUAUUGGCUAGACAGAGACAAACAGAAACCUUAGGUCUGAGACAUCUUUUUUCUUGCUACAGUUACGGCUUGCAAGAACAGGAUUUAGAUUUAAAUCUAAAUGACUUCGUAGAUGUGGCUUCAGCUUUCACAAUGCAAGUUCUAUAUUUACAAUACAAACAAUGAUCACUUCACUAUGUAGGUGGGCAAAAUCUAUUCAUCCCUCAAUUACUAUAGCUGCAUGUGCAUGUGUCAGCCAAUUCAUGUCGCCUAUAUAUAAGGAUGUCAUUGAUAACACCUUUAAUAUUUUGUUUAUUUUCAGUUCCUCCGCAAAGACAAAUGGCAGGACCAUCGUGGCCUUCAGGUAAGGGAGGAUAAUUAAUCGAUAUUUAAGUAGAAUUUUCUUCCUGUGUGUAUAUUCUUACAGGGGUUUUAGACUAGACUCCACACUGAUCCUUCCAUUACAGGCUAGUGGUUGAGGAUAAUUAAGGAAUUUUCCUGUAAGUAAAACUGAGUGUUUUGUCUCAGCUCAUAGCAAUCAUUCUGAAAUAUGUCAUGAAGCAUAUAGAAGUGUGAUCCUCACUCCAUAUCUUCAAUCUAUGAAGACUUGGAUUAUUUACUCUGGGUUGCAGCUCCAGUCCUUGUACAGUACCAAUCCUAUUCAUAUUAAAACUACAACUGGGGUGGAUCCCUACGCGGUGCGCGAGGGAGCCUGCCCGACCGGCCAUCCGCCCAGGAGCCCAGCAGCACCACUGGACCCCAGGGAAUAAUCCCCCCAGCACUCCAAAAGGCUGCAAAGCUAUCCUCCGUUCUGAAAAAAGUGCUGGAGAUCACAAGAGCAAGCCACGUUUGUCCUGGAGAAAACUCUUCUUGGGUGCAAUUUCUUAGUGGAGCUGUGGACCACAACAUGGAGAAAACCGAGAACUUGACCCAGAACACACUCUGAAUGUAUUUUUCAGUGUGAAAACUGUGCUUGUAUUUAUUUGGCCUAUGCACCUUCACAGUCGCACGUGACUCAUAGCAAAAUGUUACAGGUCUCAUCAUUAUGUAACCAAGAAUUUCAGCAGAUACAAAUAUCUCAGUUGUUUUCCGUUCAUUCUUAGAGGAUAUUGUAUAGAUUUAUCUCUAUAGGUAGCAUCCUAGAUUUUCAUUGAUCACGGGCCAAGCAGCAUUAUGGGUUCUUGGAGCAGUCUGUAAAAAGCAAAUCUACUUUGCUAAGAAUUAAAUAACUUGCAUGCUAUAUUGAGACAUGGACUUUAAUAAAGAAAAAUGAAAAUAUAUAUUUUUUUAAACAUAAAACUACAACUGGGGUGAACACCUAACUUUUUUCCAAAGAGAGAGAAACACGUAUACAUUAUAUAACUGUUACCAAUGUUUUUGUAAUUUCCAUUUAAUUUGUAUUUUUUCCACUUAAUUAUUUUUGCACCAGUAAAAGCAGUAAUAAAACCACAUCUCAACAUUCAUAUCCAUUUCAUACACUGCAUUUUAAAUGGCAAUCACAGUAGGAAUGAUGCGGAAAAGUCGUUGCAUUCUUAAAUGGACACUCUAAGCACUAUAACCUCUACACUUAAUGUUCUGGGACAAAGAUACUGUCCCUACAUAUCUCUGCAAAGUAAACACUGUCUCUUCUGAGAAAAGGCAGUGUUUACAUUGCUGCCUAAUGCAAUCCCUGAUGGCUGUCAUUCAAACAGUCACUAGAGGAGCUUCUUGGCUACGAUCCUGCCAUCUUUGCUGAAUUGACAUUCAUCAAGUCAAUGCAUCUCUUUGAGGAGAUGGUGAUUGACGCAGCGCAUUGACUGCCACUAGCCUCCCAAUGCUUUCCUAUGGGGAAGCAUUGCACUGGCUGAGAUCAUUGUGACGGAGCUUCAAUACUCCGACCGAGUAUGACUCCGCUAUGUCUGCUUCCUUGUAGCUAUAUUGGACCCUGGAGCUCUUCAGACCCAGUUGCCGAGGCUUGACUGGGAUCACUUAGGGCCUUUUCUACCCUGGACCAAACACCAGAUGACACUUGGUGAAGGUUAAAACAGCAACUAACUUUACUAGACAUAGCACACACAUUUUAGCCCCCAACAGCCUCAUUUACAUACAUCAGGGAACAUAGAGCACUAUAGUACAAGGAAGGGUGGGGUCAGACAAUAGCAAGGGCUUAUGGGAGAUUGAGGAGGGAUAGGGCAGCUAGCUUAAACUGGUCUGGCAGUGUCCCUGGGACAAUGCCCUGCUGGGGAAACAAUAGGACAGGAAAAGGGGGAGGGGCACAUACAAGCAAUACAUUUAACAUACCCUGCACCAAUAAUAGGCACAGGAUGACCAAAAUACAAAAGGAAUCAGAUGGUGACUACCAUCAAAAUCAUCAUCCAGAUCACUCUAAUGAAAGGAAUACAUGUUGUGUUCCUAAUCUUAGAGGGUUCCUUUAAGUACAACACAGCUUUCUCAAGAUAAAGUAGGGACUACAUUGUGUUAUGGUAAAGCCUAAGCUUAAACGCUAGUGACAGCUAUGGGAAUGAGGCUGCUUUUUGCAAUCAUGAGACUUAGUCUAUGUCAGGGGGGCCCAAAGGGUUGACAGACAUUCCAAGUCGGGAGACUCCUGCAUUUUGAAUACGGCUCCCUGACACCCCCAAAUCACAUACAAUAUUCUGGGAAUCACACAUACAAUCUGACUUAUAAUGUAUGGCAGAUUGUGUGUGGGUGAUUUCCAGGCUAUUAUACAUGAGUUGUGCCCUAAAUACUCACUAAACAAAGGCCCACUCAGGUGCCGGUCCUUUAAGAGAAGACCGGGGCCCUGUGAUAUCAGCCUGCAGGGAGAAAGUGAUGCAUUAGCUGGUGAAGCCACUUCCCUGAAAUGAAAUUUUGCAAGGUGGGAUAUCUGGGUAAAACAAUAACACCCUUGAUGCUUUGUAUGCCUUUAGAAUGCCUUUACAAAGGCAAAGCAUCAUUGAAGCUGUAGUUUAAAACAUCUGGGUAUCUACCUUUUGGGCAUCCUUGGUCUAUGUGAUAGUUUUGCAGAAUUCUUUAUAGACAUCAGUGUUAAACUCACAUGCAAGUACAAGUGUACAGCACUGAUAUGGCUCCUGGGGAAUAAAGCACCAGGAGCUAAAGAUAAAUGGGCCCUGAGUUGGGUGACCCCCAAAGGUGACAGAACCACUUUAAGAUUAAAGAUGUAGGGUUAGGAAUUCCUGCCUUCAAUAUGUGUAGAAUUUAACUCACAAUUCUGGCUGAGAAUCAUGCUGUUGGACCUUCAUCCUGUUUAACAUUCAGAAAAUACUGAUUCCUUUUUGCCCAUAGUGUCAGACUUUUCUUAUCACUGGACUUUGUUCUGGAAAGCUAGACUUAAAGAGAUUUGAACUGGUCAUGGUGGUAGAAGUGUGGAUAUGCAGUGUUUCAGCUUAAAAUGCUGCACAUCCAGCGAUAUAUUACCUUUUGUGCACCACUUGUAUACAUAACUUUGGCAGCCUGGAUCAGAGUUCCAGGCUACUUAAUGUCAUUUCUGUGCAUAUUUUUAACUGUCAUCCAUGCGCACAGCAAGCUGAUAAUAGCCUUAAUAAUCUUCUCUCUCACAUGUACCAGAACCUUGUCAACCCUGGUUCUGCAUGUAAAUGGCUCCACUUGAGAAGGAGAUAUGCCACAGUAUGCAUGAUUUGAUUUUGGAUAAGAAUUUUGUUAAAGGAACACUAUAGGCUAAGGAACACAAACAUGUAUUCCUGACCCUAUAGUGUUAAAGCCACCAUCUAGCCACCCUUGUCCCCCUAAAUAUUGCAACAUAUUAUCUUUAUUGCAGUCUGCUGCUGCCGACUUCGCCCCUGAUCUGCCUGCUUGGCUGACAUCAUCAAAAGUUAUGUUCUGAGCCAAUCACAAUGCUUUCUCAUAGGAAAGCAUUGGAUUGGCUGAGACUGACAAGGAGGCAGAUCAGGGGCAGAGCCAACACAAGCCAAACACAGACCUGGCAAAUCAGCAUCUCCUCAUAGAAAUGCAUUGAUCAAUGCAUCUCUAUAAGGAAGGUUCAGUGUCUCCAUGCAGAGGGUGGAGACACUGUGCAGCACUGUCCCAGUAAGCACCUCUAGCAGCCAUCUGAGGAGUGGCCAGUGUAGCUAUCCCUAUGCUGUAAAGUAAACACUGCUUUUUCUCUGAAAAGACAGUGUUUACUGCAAAAAGCCUGAAGGGAAUGAUUCUACUUUAAAGGGACACUAUAGUCACCAAAAUAACUUUAGCUUAACAAAGCAGUUUUGGUGUAUUGAUCAUGCCCCUGCAGUCUCACUGCGCAAUUCACUGCCAUUUAGAAGUUAAAUUUAGGCGUUUAUGCAGCCCUAGACACACCUCCCUGCAUGUGACUUGCACAGCCUUUCUAAACACUUCCUACAAAGAGUCAUCUAAUGUUUACUCUUCCUGUAUUACACAUUCUGUUUAAUUGAGAAUUUCUUAUCUCCUGCUCUGUUAACAGCUUGCUAAACCUUGCAGGAGCCUGCUGUAUGUAAUUAAGGUUCAAUUUACAGACCAGGAGAUAAAAACUUUUAAAGUAAGUUACAUCUGAUUGAAAAUUAAACCAUUUUGUUUUUAUGCAGGCAGUGUCAGUCACAGCCAGGAGAAAUGUGGCAAGAGCUGCAUAAACAGAAACAAAAGUUAUUUAAUUUCUAAUGACAGUGAAUUGAGCAGUGAAACUUCAGUGGCAUGAUCUAUACACAAAAAUUGCUUUUUAAAGCCAAAGUUGUUUUGAGGACUAUAGUGUCACUUUAAAUACCAAAAAAUAGUGGUGCGCUUGGAAUAACACUUAAUUUUUGUGUGUCACUUUGGUGUGAGUGCUGCUGGUACAGUACACAUUUAUUUUAAUGCAUUAUAAUGUGUUUGGGCACACAAAUAUAUUGUUGGUUUUGAUCUAAGUGUUUUUUACACUGUUUGGUCACCUAUUUGGUAAUAAACGUACUAUUCGUCUCCCUGCGCACCCCCUCUGCCUACCUCCGUUAAAUAAAUAGCCUUUUGAAAAAUAAAUAAAUAAAAAUCCCUUCCUAUUUGCCUCCACACUCGCUCCCCCCGAAAUGAGAAGCUUGUGAUUGGACCUAGUGAGGGCUGCUGACAUCAGAGCACACGGAAGUAAAAAAAAUCAUUUUUCCACACGGUUUAACAGGGAGGAGAAAUGCCCAAUAGGACAUUAUGAUGUAAAAAACAACAACUCAUUAUUAAAAAGAGUAAGUAACCCUUUAAUGCCAAGGAUCUCCUGCCGCUUGCAUGUAUCAAGUAUAUCCUCUGAAUUUCUAACCACUGCCAUGUCUUUAUUUACUUUACUUUCUCUGCAUAUAGGAGCGUGACAAAUCAAAUAUACUCACUUUUCUCUCCGUAGAAACUAAAGAAGAGAUUACUUUAUGCUCCGACGAAGAAGCUGAGAUGAUUAUAGCGACAGAAGACUCUAAGGUGACAAUCUUUACAUAGCAAUCAUAUUGCAAAAAAUAUAUUUAUUGCUUAAUACGAGCAGCCCUUUAAUUGUUAUGAUAUGAUUGUAAGAAAAUCAUAAUUAGUGGUGUAAUAGCUUCUUGAUGUAAGGAGACAUCUGACUGCUAUUUUGGGGUCAAGAAGGAAUAUUUUCCUAAAUUGUGCAAAAGUGGAAGCGCUUCAGACUGGGUUUUUUGCUUCCUUUUGGAUCAUCAACAAAAACAUAUGUGAAGAAGGCUGAACUUGAUCAACACAAGUCUCUUUUCAGCUAUAUAACUAUGUAAUAUUUACAGUGAACUGACAGUAAGCUUGUGUCUGAAAACUGGAAGUGAGAGAUUACAACUAUGUUUCACUUUUGAAAACGAUAGUUAUUAUUGGAAUUAUAACAUUUGUUCAUGUUCAUGUAAUACUCAGAAAUUGGAGUGCUGCACUAUAUACCUGCUUCGUUAGUUAUUUAACACCGUGUGGAGUUUUCCAAACAGAAAGCAAGCAUGUCAAAUGAAAUUGUAGCCAAGGAACACUCUGUGCACCAUAACAACUUCAUUUGGUUGUGCAUCAAGUAUUUUUUCUGCCACUGAUUUCAUGCCAAUGUUGAUUGUUCUUGUUUCAUGACUCUCUGAGACUGAGCAUGUAAAAUUUUCCUAGAUGUAUGCAGUUAUGCCCCGUAGAAAUCGCAAGCGAUUGGCUCUGCUGAUCUGUAAUAUUCAGUUCAAUUUUCUGAGUGAGCGCAAAGGAGCUGAAUAUGAUCAAAUUGGAAUGACCAAACUACUACAAGACCUUGGGUUCGAAGUUCAGUCUUUUAUCAAUCUGACAUCAAAGGUAAUUGCUCCAAAUAAUUUAUGUCUUGUAAUUCAGGUGAGUGAGACAGAUAUGACUUAAAGGGAUGUUAUAAAAAGAUCUUGGGAAUACAAAGUUAUAUUCCUAACACUAUAGUGCCCUCUGGUCCAAGCCUCCUCCCCUACUCCCCCCCGUAGAACAGAACCCUUUAAUCAUUUAUCUGAUUCUAGCACCGUCUCUCUCGGUGCUGGGAUGGCUCUCAGGCUCCUCCAAUGUCAUCUGACGGGGGGACCUAAUGCACAAGCGUUUAAGGCACUCCCUAUAGGAAAACAUUGAAUUAGCUCUUUUUUAUGGGGAUUUUACCGACGCUGGAUGUCCUCGUGCAGAGCAUGAGGAUGUCCAUCAUUAAUUAGGUCUGUUAAACUUCUAGAAGCACCUCUAGUGGCUGUCUGGUGUCACCACAAGGCAAGCAUGAUGAUAAUCAUCAUAAGACGCAAGAGAAGUGCAACAAAAAACAUUGCAAACUUUCAAAAUUUAUUAAGGAAUUUAGGACAAAAUAAAUUGAUUUGCAAAAAACUAAAUGUGGUGUGCCAUGUGAUCAUUUUACACAGACACACACACACAACACAUACACAUAAACUCACUAAAUGGUACAGAAGUUAAAUAUCCCAAUGUAUCUUCAACCUCAUUCCCUCACUUCAUUAAAAAAAAAUUCCAUUUUGAUUUACAAACUUUGAAUUUUGACUGAUUGUCUCCCUGACCCAUGCAGACAUAAACUGGCCCAUACAGACACACACUGACCUAUACAGACAUAGGGUCAGGGUGUGUCUGUAUGUUUGUGUCUGUAUGAGUUAGUUAGUGUUAAGACACCUCCGGUGUCUUUAAGAGAAACCGCCGUGUAGUUCACCUUCCCCUUUCGCAAUAUCAAUAAUCCAUGGGCACAUUAGCUCUCUCCAUUCCCUGUGUCGCAUCCAUUUCCACUAGCAAAGCAAUAAUUUCACGUUUCUUUAAAUUGCUUGCUGACCGUCCUCGGCGUUCCAGUAUGUCCUUAAGAGUAGCACGGCUUAACUCCUCAUACUGCAUUUCUUUUACUCAAUUGGGAUGUGUAGCUGACCUUCUGUGCUGUGGGAUUCAUCCUGUCACUUGCCACCAAUUGUUAAGACACCUCCUGUGUCUUUAAGAGAAACCGCCAUGUAGUUCACCUUCCCCUUUCGCAAUAUCAAUAAUCCAUUCGCAUCAAUUGUAAUCCACGAACCAUAACCAAGGGAAGCGGCAAUCUCCCGACCGGGAUCCGUGAAAGGCUCCAAACUCCCGAACGGAAAUCCACGAACUGCUGCUAGCCGCCGAACAACGAUAUCCACCAAGCGGCUUUUGGUUCCAAUCAGCAGUCUCUAAGCGCAAAGAAGAAACGAGCGCACACACACACCAAGGAGGGAGUUUACCUGACGUAUAAUAGAUAGUAGGUAUCUCCUCCUUAUAUACAGUUAGUGUAUUGAAUAUUGGAUUGCCUAUACAGAGAAUAUAAACAUAAAACAAAACAUAGUGUAAUCUGUAUAUCGUACACAAUAGAAAUGGAAGUUCUGAGUUAUAAACACUCACACUUUGAUGAGCCGUUUAAAGUAGGCUCGGAACUUAUAUGGCUUUUAUGUCACUUCAAUGGGACAUACGCAUUUUCUUUACUCUUCAGGCAGGUUCUCCAUUGGUCUCAGUAGUCCUCUAUAGUAAAGCAGGAAUCAGGAGCCAGGAGCCAGGAGUAUCAGGAUAAAAUAUUUAUUUAUAAUAAACAGCACAUGAGGAAGACCACUAGUAGAUGGUUGAAACGCGUUGUGCAAUACUUUUAUUAUUUUUGUUUUAUUAUAAAUAAAUAUUUUAUCCUGAUACUCCUGGCUCCUGGCUCCUGAUUCCUGCUUUACUAUAGAGGACUACUGAGACCAAUGGAGAACCUGCCUGAAGAGUAAAGAAAAUGCGUAUGUCCCAUUGAAGUGACAUAAAAGCCAUAUAAGUUCCGAGCCUACUUUAAACGGCUCAUCAAAGUGUGAGUGUUUUCAACUCAGACCUUCCAUUUCUAUUGUGUACGAUAUACAGAUUACACUAUGUUUUGUUUUAUGUUUAUAUUCUCUGUAUAGGCAAUCCAAUAUUCAAUACACUAACUAUAUAUAAGGAGGAGAUACCUACUAUCUAUUAUACGUCAGGUAAACUCCCUCCUUGGUGUGUGUGUGCGCUUUUACCUUUUCCAUGUUUUAUGUAUAAUUUAGCCCAGUUAAUUGGGCGGUUUCAUUUGCAAUAACUUGACACUUACAGGGUUAUUCACUAAUGUCUAAACUGUUGAGAAUCUUUUCGUAAAUAACGUUAGUGAAUAACUCUGCUCAUGUGUAAUUUGUUACAUCACAUGGAAUCAUGUAAAAAAACUUGCAUAAACUGCUUGCAUUGAUACACUUUUUCCACUGUGACUGUGUCCCUUCUUUGAUAUGAUUACAAUUUGCUUCACCUGGUUUUGACCCAUGUCUCCCUCUCAGAUGAUGCAGGAGAAAAUGAAGUCAUUUGCCAAUCGGGAGGAACAUGCAGAAUCUGAUAUUGCUAUGAUAGUUGUUAUGUCUCAUGGAGAAAGAGAUGUGAUCUGUGGGAUUAAUAGUAAACACAUUGAACAUGAAAAUGGUACAAAAGAAAAUACAGACCUUCUGAAAAUUGAUGACAUCUUCAAAACUUUUAACAAUGUGAACUGCUCUAAACUACGGGGCAAGCCUAAAAUCAUCAUUGUCCAGGCAUGCCGUGGAAGUAGGUAGCACAGAUUGCAUUGUCAGAAAUUGGUAAAUGUUAAAAGAAUUGUUCAAGCCAUGUAACUCGCUCCAUGUGACCACAUUGUGUCACAAUGGCAAUUAGUGCAUGUAGCUGGAAAAACAACAUAAAUAAAAAAAUAUAAUUAUGGCUGUAAAAUAUAUAACAUGUCAUAUCCUUUUGGUAUUCAUUUUCAGGUGAAGCAGGUCGAGUCUGGGCAAGUGAUUCUACUAAGUACGGCCAAUUUGAAAGCAAUACAAUGUGGGCCAGUGAUUCUACUAACACAGAUGCUAGUGGCCAAUUUGAAAGCGAUACAAUGGUACAAAUAGAAACAGACUCCAUCUGCUUCUGUUCUACAACCCCAGGUACAUCAAGUUAUUACAUUGCAAAGUUAAAGGGGCACUCUAAGCACCAUAACAACUAUAGCUCUUAUGGGUCAAAGAUUCCAUAAGCACUGUCCUGUGUGUUGUUGUCAGCCUGUUAUUGCCAACUUAAGUUGCUCAUACGAAGGUGAAAAUAGCCAAGGGGCAGCACGGAGGCCAGAAUAGUCCCUGUUUUUGUUACAAUGUUUGUUUUGUCAAAAUGUGUAUAUACAACAAUAAAAUCACCAGGGAUAAAAUCAUAAGUGGUAUAAUAGAAAAGUGAUUUCAUAAUCUUUAACCAAGCCAUGAACAAAAUUUUACUCCUUAUAGUGCCCCCCUCCUUCCCCAUUGUGCAGAAGGGGUUAAAAAACCCUUCUGUCACUUACCUGAGUGCAGCAACGAUGUACCUCGAUGCUGGUUUGGACUCCCCCUGGCUGACCCUGACCGCGCUUACAUUAGAACUUCGCCCAUAGGAAAGCAUUAUACAGUCAUUUUCUAUGAGGUUUUGGAUAUAUUUGGGAUAUUUCUUAAACUGCAAUAAUUACCUUUGCAGGGUUAAGGGACCUGGGAAUAUGCACCCAGACAACUUCAAUGAGCUGAAGUGGUCAUAGUGUCUAUAGUGUCCCUUUAAUCAUGUUUUACAAGAUGGCUAACCUUGGCAACUCAGUAAACAGUAGUUUACAAACAUCUGGGGUGGCAAGAUUAGCUUUAACAUUCACGUAAAAUAUAUUUGUAAGAUGACUAAACUUGGCAUCGCUGAUAUUUGAAAACUGCUGUUCCCAAGAUGCUCAGACAACUUGGGCCGCCUUAACCUCAUGGGCUACCCUUUACACCACAGAUAUUUGUAAGCAGUUCAUCUAGCUGAGGAAUCUAAGAACAGCAUUUACAAACAUAUAAGGUGAAAAUUAUUAACCACAUAUAUUAACUGAUACAAAAAAAACCAUAAAAAUGCAAAAUGGCUUAACUUGGUACCUCAUAUAUUUAGCAAUGUUAGUUCUCACAAUACUCAUGAGAAAGGAAUACUCAGAAAUCUGUAAAUCGUUCAAAUUAAUAAUUACUAGUGCCAUUCUCUUAUCCUUCAUUCUGCUCAGGUCCUGUCAAUCUAGAACAUUAGUUUUAUGAUGCUACAAAUUCACGAUGGGUAGGUAAUGGUGCCACUUCUCUGAACUGUGAGCAGCCUUUUUUCCCCGAAAGAGAGAUAGCAAAUUCAAGAGGGAGGUAGUGGACAGAUAGGCACAAUGGAUGGGCGGAUACAAAAAUAUAUAGCAAGGGAGUGGCAAAGUCCAGGUACAGGUAGGUACAAUGGGGCUAAUUAAUGCUAAGGUAUAGACAGGAUUUAAAGCUGAGUCAACAAAGUCAAAACUGAAAUUGCAAAAUUCCUAAAAUAUUUAAUAUUCAAUGUGUGGCUACAUGUAGACUACAUGUACAAUUUGGUUUUUAAUUCAAAUCAGUGCACUGUUUCAUGGCAAAACCCUUUAGUGUUAGAAAUAGCAGGCCACAAAUAUGUUAAAGUGAACUUCCGUGCUUUGUGUCCCCUUUCUACAGAUACUGUUUCUUAUAGAGAUCCCAAGAGAGGUUCACUUUUUAUCCUGUCACUAAUUGAAGAAAUCAAAAGAACUGCUCACAAUAUUCACUUAGAGGACAUCUUCCGUCAGGUAAGUGAUAUUUACAAACGUAGAAUGUGACGGCAGAUAAGAACCAUUCGGCCCAUUUAGUCUGCCCAAUUUUCUAAAUACUUUCAUUAGUCCCUGGCCUUAUCUUAUAGUUAGGAUAGCCUUAUGCAUAUCCCACUCAUGCUUAAACUCCUUUACUGUGUUAACCUCUACCACUUCAGCUGGAAGGCUAUUCCAUGCAUCCACUACCCUCUAACUUUUUAUUUAAAGUUGAACUGUCACUUCACUGGAUUUUUUAUAUUAUGUUUACUUAACACCUAUAUUUAACAAAUGUGUAUAUGUGUCGUAAAAAAAUAUUUAAUAUAGAAAUCCACACUUUGUCGUACAUUCCAACAUGCAAAAACAAAUUUCAGGGAGGUGGCUUCACCAGCUACUAUCCCACCCCCCCACUCCUGCGCAAUCUCGGGAGGGGCACUGAUAGUGGGUCAUAGUGCGGUGAUAGGGGCUGCAGUGGGGGACAGGGGCUGCAGUGAAGGGUAUGGGCUGUAAUUGGGGGGGGGGUAGGAAAUGUAGCGCAGGAUAAGUGCUGUAGUAGGGGGCUUAGGGACUGAAGUAGGCGGAUGGCUGCAAUUGGGGGAUAAGGACUGUAAUGUGGGGUACAUACUGUAGCCAGGGAGUAUGGGCUGUAGUGGGGGUAUAGGGUGUAAAAGGGGGGUUAGGGUCUGUAGAAGAACAUAAGGGCUGCAAGUGUGGUGAUAGACGAUGUUGUGGGAGAGAUAGGGGCACCAAAAUCUCCUACCCCCCAUUCCAUGUAUAUCUCCCCCAAUAUCUCCCACCCCAUAGGACCACCUAAUUCUCCCAGCCACUCAUAUAUUCCCCCAAUAUCUCCCACCCACUCGUAUCUUCCCUCAAUAUCUCCCACCCACUCAUAUCUUCCCCAAAUUCUCCCAGCCCCUCAAAUCUUCCCCCAAUAUCUCCCACUCCUUCAUAUAUUUCACCAAUUCUCCCAAUCUCUUAUAUCUUCCCCCAAUUUUCUCGGCCCCUCAUAUCUUCCCCCAAUAUCUCCCAGUUCUUCAUAUUUUCCCCCAAUAUCUCCCAGCCCCUUUCUUCCAUACCUUCCAUAAACCUCCCUCCUGCACAAGCAGCAAGCAGCUGCCUCCCACAACACCAGCUCUGCAUACACAAAAUUUGAAGCCCCCUCCCUGCUGUCUUACCUGUUAUAGUAGGGGGCGGGGCUCCUCUAAGUAUGGUACCUGUUGGGUAUCCUUUCUCUGGCGGCAAGCUGUUAAAGUCUCCCACGCAGAAUGUGAGGCGGUGGGUGAGGAGCUCCCUCAUGGGAUAGUGCAUGAUGUUCCCUUAUGGAUCAGCACCAUGAUAUCCUGGUAAUCGAUUUUUUUAUAGUAAGAGAGAGUUCAGUUGUCAUUUAACCCUCGCUCUCAAAAAAAGUCAGUUCCCAGGAUAUUAUAUAGAACUCAUGGGCUUCCGGGAGCCGCAAUUAAAAUGCAGGAAACUUCCAGAAGAUCUGGGAGAGUUGGAAUGUCUGCUUCUUUGUCAUUAACUGGGCGCCUCCAUCUUAGCUCCCUGUCUCUCAUUGUUAUUAUUAUUAUAUUAUAUAUAAAUAGGACAAUUACAAGAAAUCUUACAGGAAAAAUAGGUUGAAGAGGACCCUGCUCAAACGAGCUUACAGUCUAUAGGAUGUGGGGUAUAAAACACAUUAGGACAGAAAUAGCAAUCAAAUAAGGUGGGAGUGAAGCAGAGCUGGAGGAGAGAGUAGAGUGCUACCGUUCAGGAGAGAGCAAGCGACAGGUAUGUAACAUAGAGGUUACUCUGAGAUGAGUUUUAAGGCACUUCUUAAAUGAUUGAAGACUAGGGGAAAGUCUGAUUGGGGUAGGCAGGCUAUUCCACAGGAAGGGGGCCGCCUGCGAGAAGUCUAUCUAUAGGAUUUGGCAACAUACUGGAUGUGAGGUUCAAAGGUGAGGCCAAAAUCAAGUAUGACGCCAAGACAGCGCGCUUGCAAGGAUGGACUUAUGUGGAUACCACUGACUUGAAGGGAGAGCGAGAGAUGAGGAUCAGUAUUGGGAGGAGGAAAGACCAGGAGUUCAGUUUUAGAGAGUGGGAGGACAUCCAGUCAAAGAUGGAAGAUAGGCAAGCAGUGACACAUUGCAGGACGGCAGGGGAGAGGUCCGGGGAGGAGAGAUAUAUCUGGGUGUCAUCAGCGUACAGGUGGUAGCGGAAUCCAAAAGAGGCAAUAAAUUUGCCAAGAGAAGAGAAAAUAGAAGGGGACCAAGGACAGAGCCUUGGGGGACUCCAACCAAGACAGGACGAGGGGUAAUAAGCUCUGUCCUUUGCACCUAGGAGUCAGAGAAAACACACAGAGAAGAGAAAAACCGAAACAAUGAUUACAUUUCUCCUUCUUAUCUGAGAUAUGUGCCAUUGGUAUAUAUAUAUAUAUGUGUGUGUGUGUGUGUGUAUAUAUAUAUAUAUUAAUACUAAGUAGACAUUCUGCAUAUUGUCUCACUGCUCACAAAUUUGAGGUAUAUUCCACAUAUAUGCAAUUUAACAUUUAAAAAUUAGUAUCAAUUAACAUUAAAAUAAAUAUGAUAGAAAAAAAUAGCUAAAAACAUAUUUUUAAAUUAUUGUUUAUUUUUUAAACAAUUUAACAUUUGCAUUCAUACUUUGGGUGGUAGGAGAUGGAUCAUAUUGACGUAGGCAAUGGAGGCUCCAUAGGGGCAAUAUUAAAAAUAAAUAAAUACAAAUUAAACAUGCACCUAUAAGAAAUAACUGCGUUUCUGCAAACCCCCCCCCCCUUCCUCCCUCCACCCCUCCCCCCCCAUCCCCUUCCUUACUGAUGUCAGAAAAGCUGUUGAUAGGAACUGGACAUGUCAAGAUCUUAGAGAGUUUGUCCAAAACAAUACUCACACUACUUGUUAGGACAAUGGGAGUGCUUGGGGAUAGAAUCAGCUCAUGUGCAUGUUGGGUUGUGUCCUCUCCCCCAGAUACAAUAAUUCUUAUCCUAUGCAGAUUAAACACACACCUCCUUAUUAUCGCCAGCCAAGAACACUGGAACAUCAAUAGCUAAUGGGUGUUUUCUUAAUAAUAUCCAGGUGAUUUACUAAAAAGUGAAAUUCAAAUUUAAAAUACAUAUAGCCCAACUGGAAUUUCUUUCCAAGUUAGCAAUGCUUCUACUUUGAUUACUUUGGCCUUAAAAUUGAAAUUUACUUUUAAUUCACAGCAAUCCUAUCACUUGUAAAUAACCCUGCAUUUCUUUUGUAACAGGCACAGUGGCCUGUCUCACAAUACUGUGGCAGUGAAUUAAAUGUUAUUGCCGUGAACACAGCAAUAUAUUCUCCAAAAUCUGGUUGUAACUAAACCGUCAUCAGUUCAGGUCUUGAUUUGUUUAUGAGUAGAGCAGGUCCAGCUGACCUGUGAGGCUUUCAGUCAGCAGCCUCCAUUGUGUGGGAGCAAAAAUACAAGUGAUGGAACUUUGCUUUUGAAAAGGACCUUUGGACCUACAGUAUACUCUCAUCAAUCCUAGGCUUGUGGUAAUUCAAAAUGGCUCCCAUACAGGCGGGAAGCAGCCUGCUGUCUACUAUAUUUGCAUGAUGGAUAUGAAAACAGAUAUGAGGAUACAGCCAAUUUUAUGGCAAGACAGGAGGCUUCAUAUUUGCUUAUCUUUCUUUACUGUAACUCCCAGCAGCAAAGAAACAGUUAACAGCAGUGUAAAAAAGUUUAACCAAUCAGUAUGCAUUACAGUAAUAUAAACUGUCAUCAGGCUCCUCCCAAUUCCUCUUUCUUUGCUGCUUAGCCUCCCAGGUGAGUCUAUUCUAAUUAUACUCCUACUAAAUUCUCUAGUUUAACUGACUAAUAUAUAUUGUAUAUUAUUUUAAUAUUUUUAUAUUUCUCAUACAGUUUUUCCUUUUAUGUUUCUGUGCUUUGCUUCUAUUUAUUUAUGUUACAUGGGCUGACACUCCAGUCAGCCCACAAACUCAAUUUACCUCAACAUUUCCUCACUCUUUUAUUUUUUGUACUGUCAGUUUAAUUUCCAUAGCACUAACGCUUUCCCUGCAGCGCCCGGCAUUUUGCCGGUCCGCUCAGCCGCUCAGUUCCCUCACACACAAUGUGUGUUGCCCUGCCGUCUCCAUAGAGACGUUUCCCGCCUUUUUUCAUGCCGCGGCCAUUUCUAUUAGUCUUUUCCCGGGCUUCCCUCUCAGCGCCAUCUUGUGGCAGGCUUAUGCGCGGCGGUUCCCUCGCAUCUCGGCUCUCACUGCAGGACGCGACCCAGCCGUUUGGUAAGUAUAUAUUUUUUCUCUUAAAGCCCCAGACCCUUUAAUUUUACAAAAUUAAAGACAUACCCAAUACUCAAAACUUCAAUUUUUCUUGCAGAUUUCAGCAUAACUGCCAACACAGCUUACACAAAUCCUUGCUUGAUUCUGAGGGUGACCCCCUCUAGCCUUUACUCUGAGGGUGACCCCCUCCAGCCUUUAUUCUGAGGGUGACCCCCUCUAGCCUCUCCUUCAAGGGUGACCCCCUUUGCUGUCUCUAUACAGGGUAAUCCCUAUAUGAUAACACAGGCACAUACCUGUUAUUAGAUCUUGGACACUAUAUUGUCCUUCUCUCUCUGGGUGAACCCCACUGAUGAAUUGUGGACGAACUCCACUUUUACAGGAUAAUUGCUUUUUUACAUGCAGUCUAAGUCCACCGCCUCAUUGUAAUUAAUUUGUCUGCACAAAAAAAAAAAAUACAAAAAAAAAAAACUUUUUAUAUAUAUUGUAAAUAUAAUAAUUAAUUUCUCUUGUGGUGACCCCACUGUUACUGACACUAUGUCGGAUGUGCCAGAACCAGCAGUUUCUGCCGAACUUAAGGCUUGGCUUUUCAAUGCCAUUACUGAAUCUAUACCCAAAGCUUUAGCGGCUUUCCGCGAGCAGACAAUCCCAGCCCCUACGGCGACCAUUACCCAACAAACGCCCUUGGAAAGGCGAUAGGGCCACCGCCGGUAAAGGCAAAGCGCCUGCUAAACACCCUAAAGUGCCCUAUUCUAAACCCAAGCAAACCUCCCAACAUGAUUUUGACGCAUUUGAGGGUUCAACCUCUAAUUAUAAUCUCCACGUAUUAGACGAAUACUACGCAGAACACUCGGAUACUGAGGCUCCACCUCAUAAGACAUUCCCAGACCUCUACCCUUCCGAUUCUGCAACUAAUUCCAAUUGGAGUCUGAUCUCACCUCUGAAAACCCUAACUUGAAAGAGGAUACCUUAUUUGACACCUCUGGCCGCCCUUUAUUUGACCCCAGAUGCAUCAGGCACCCUAGAUCGGCCGAAUGGACACCCCCGGACCACAUUGGCAAAUACUGCAGAAUGUGGCUCCGUCUGCCUUUAGAAAAAGAGGUGAGAGCCAAAUUAAGGGCAGAAUGCCCACUUAUACAAAUCUUCAUAAUUGCAGACGAGGCUUUAUCAGGUGGCACAUUUGAUGCACAUAUGGUGCGAGAGUGGGCACAAAGAGCCUUAUGCCUUUUAGGCAAUGCCAAUGUGGCAAUAUCAACUGAACGGCGGAAGGCCGUCCUUUAUAAAAUCGAUGCCAAACUUGCCGAAUUGGGCACUAAAGAACUUGGUCCAGAGGCUCAAGGCAUGUUAUUUGGAGACAAGUUCAUAAAAGAACUAAGUAAGCACGUCUCUGUUUUUACUACACUGACAAAAGCACAGUCCUCCAUUCGCAAGGUAUUUCGCACUCAGCGUUUUUCUGGAAGAGCUGGUCGCUAUAGAGGCCGAGCGACUGGCAGAGCCGCCUUCACAGGCUACAGGCCUCGACCUUCAGACACCUGGAACUCGGGCAAUACCCGAUUCCACCACAGACAAUUUUUUCCCACUCGCGGAGCUAUCCGAGGACGUGGAUCCGCUUCCCUCCGCGGUCGCACUGCUACAGGUAAUGGACCUUCCUUAUUCUCAUAUUCCUAUUGCAGGCCGGUUAACCCUUUUUUCCCAACAGUGGUCUCAACUCACUCAGGAUCCUUGGAUCCUUCAGACGGUGUCCGGGUUCCACCUGGAUUUUUCAGUCGAACCAAUACAAAAUUUUCCUCCUACCCCAAUCAAAAUGUCACAGUUAGACGAGUCGACUCUACGGAGCGAACUCGACGAUCUAUUCACCAAGGGUGCGAUCGAAAGAGUUGUUGGCCCACAGAUCUUCAUAAGCAACAUGUUUCUAGUCAAGAAAAAAUCAGGAGGUCUACGACCUGUCAUCAACCUGAGAGAUCUGAACAAGUUCAUCGCAUACCGUCACUUCAAAAUGGAGGGGAUCCAUUUAUUGAGAGACCUACUCUCCGAGGGAGAUUGGUUCUCCCGCUUCGACCUAAAGGAUGCCUACCUAACGGUGCCGGUAACACCAGCACACCGCUGCCUCCUUCAGUUUCGUUGGGAACAAGCACUAUGGCAGUUCACAUGCCUCCCCUUCGGCCUAUCUUCUGCACCCUGGUGCUUUACCAAACUAAUGAAACUAGUGAUGGCCUUACUGCGCUCCCAAGGCAUCCGAUCCAUAAUCUAUCUGGACGAUAUCCUCCUCAUGGCACAAGACCAAGAAACUCUCCACCUUCAUACAAGCAUGACCUCCGCCCUAUUGCAGAAUCUUAGUUUCGUGAUCAAUCACCAGAAAUCAUCUUUAACACCGUCCCAGACGAUACAGUUCCUGGGAUUCCAGAUAGACUCUGUUCAAGCAGUCCUUCAACUUCCGGCAUCCAAAAUCAAAUCCAUCAAAAAAGACAUUCGGAGGUUACUGAUAUCACCACACCUCCGCCUGCGAGAUCUAGCCCGCACCAUCGGCUUGCUCUCCGCCUCAAUACAGGCUAUAUUCCCUGCCCCACUGCACUACCGGGCACUGCAACGCCUGAAGACCCAAUACUUACAUCAGUCGACGUCCUACGACCAACAGAUCACACUCACGGACGAAGUCCGGCUCGAACUCCAUUGGUGGCUACAACAUAUGGACGCUUGGAAUGGAAGAGCCAUUUUCGGAUCCCAACCAGACUUCAUCCUGGAAUCGGAUGCAAGUCUGCUCGGAUGGGGCGCAACCUGCUCGGAAAGCUCUACAGGAGGACUCUGGUCCCACUCGGAACGAGCACUUCAUAUCAACUGCCUCGAACUGAUUGCAGGCUCAUUCGCAAUCCGCAGUUUCGCCAAAGAUGUCUACAACUGUUCCGUGGUGCUGAAGAUGGACAACGUGUCCGCAGUUCGUUACGUGAAUCAUCUAGGAGGUUCCAAAUCAAAGAUGCUUUCAGAUCUGACCAAAGAAUUAUAUCAGUUCUGCCUAGACAGGAAUAUCUCCCUGCGAGCGGAAUAUCUACCGGGAUCAGACAACCUCGUCGCAGACUGGUUCUCCCGACACUGGAGGGACUCCAGCAAUUGGCAUCUGAAUCCACAGAUAUUUCACCGUCUCCAGGUCUGCCGGGGGCCAUUCAACCUGGACCUCUUUGCAUCUCGCCUCAACAGGCAGACGGACGCCUUUUACAGCUGGUUGCCGGACCCAGCGUGCCUUGCAGUCGAUGCCUUCCUACAGACGUGGCCGAUGUCCGGGGCAUAUGCGUUCCCUCCGUUCUCCAUGAUUCCACGCACACUACAGCACCUCAAAAAUCGGGCCCAACCAUGGUAUCCUUACCUCCUGGAAAUGUCUGUGGACUUCCCCCUGCUGCUACCCAACGCCUGUGACCUCCUCAGAGACCCGACAGGCAACUUUCACCCAUUGGCAAUCCAGGAUCAUCUCCAACUAGUGGCUUGGACCGUUUCAGGGGAUCUUGGAAUGUCUCAGGCCUUUCGACAACUGCUCAGGGACUCCUUUGGGAUUCAUGGGCCCCGGGAACCAGACGUUCUUACAUCUCUGCAUGGCGUCUAUGGAGUUGCUGGUGCUUGGAAAGGAACCUUGAUCCCUUUUCAACAUCUAUAAUUAAUGUUAUCAAUUUCCUGUCGUCUCUGUUCGACCAGGGUAAAUCCUACCGGACCAUUAACGUGUUUCGGUCUGCUAUUUCUGCAGCGCACGUUCCUAUCGAAAGUUCUUCAGUAGGCAAACACCCUUCUGUCUGUAGACUCUUGCGGGGCUUCCGCAUCGCUAGACCCCCGACUCCCAAAUAUAAUCAAUUCUGGGACGUGGCCAUCAUGCUCACGUUCUUGGAAGCUUGGCCGGACAACGAGGCACUCUCCCUACGCCAAUUGUCAGCCAAAUUAGCUCUCCUCCUUUGCUUGGUCUCCUUCCGAAGAGUUUCUGACAUCAGGGCUUUCGACUUUCAUGCCCUCGAUUUCACACCGGAGGGGGUGCACUUUCAUAUCACUAGACGCACCAAGACCAACUCAUCUACUGUGAGCUACCCUUACUUCUCUGAGAAACCCCUCCUCUGCGUAGCCCGGUGUAUAAGACACUAUAUCGCUCGCACUACCCCUCUCAGAGCACCUACUGGGCCCCUCCUGGUAUCUUAUGUACGACCUCACAAACCAGUCUCGUGCCCUACCAUUGCACGAUGGAUUAAAUGGCUUCUAGCCCUGGCUGGCAUUGAUGCAUCUUUCGGAGCUCACUCGGUUAGAGGCGCAGCCGCCUCCUCGGCACUCAUAGCUGGAGGUUCCUUAGCGGAGAUUCUAUCCUCCGCUGAUUGGUCUAGAGAAUCCACCUUCCGUACUUUUUAUUUUAGACAUUCUCCACACGUUUCUCUGUCCUUGCUAUCUGUGCUUUAAAAUAGCAAAUAUGAAGCCUCCUGUCUUGCCAUAAAAUUCGGGAUUAUUCUAGCUCCUAGUGACUGAAUAAUCUAAAUUUUAUUAAAGACAGGAGGCGAAUAUUUUCCCACCCUGGAUUCUCCUUACCCACCCUUUUAGGUAAGUAUCCUGCACUAUCUCCAGUUCUAACUAUGACCAGCAUCCUCUCUUUUCCUAGCCUAUACUCGUUAGGUCGUUAUUAUAUGCUAAACCGCUUUCAAUUGUACAUUGGUUUAUUGUAUUCUAGGUAUGUCACUUACUCUACAUACCACACAGUUAAUUAUCAUAAGUUAGAGCUUGCACUUAAAUUGGAAGUCAGUUCACUGCAUUUACUUUGAUUUUUCUCUUGCCAAAGAGACCAUACUUUCACGAUGUUUCUCCUUCCUCCUAGUGUGAAGAUCAAUUGCCUUCUGUCUCGAAUCUACCUGCGGGUUGAUCACUACCUUCAUCCUACCGGAUACCUACACCGUUACCUGUUCAUCGUUUUAAGGUUUCUACAUUUACAUGGUUGACUCUACGACUGUUCGGCUACAUCAAGAAAGAGGAAUUGGGAGGAGCCUGAUGACAGUUUAUACUACUGUAAUGCUUACUGAUUGGUUAAACUUUUUUACACUGCUGUUAACUGUUUCUUUGCUGCUGGGAGUUACAGUAAAGAAAGAUAAGCAAAUAUUCGCCUCCUGUCUUUAAUAAAAUUUAGAUUAUUCAGUCACUAGGAGCUAGAAUAAUCCCGAAUUAUAUCAAAGACUUAAAAGUAUAUGAUAGGCUACUACCCUCUGGCAGCACUAUGUAUGUGAAGGCAAAUAUUGCACUCACAAGUGUAUAUGGGAAUAAGGGCUUCAAAUACAAACUCUCCCCAUGAUUCCAAUUAGAUAGUGCAGGACACCAAUGUAAGAGUAAUGACACAUUUAUUCUAAGUAACUUAAAACAAUGUAAAUGAUCAUGUUGUUAUAUCACUGGUAACAAGUACAAUUGAUAUCCACUCGGACCUGUUAUUGGUGAUUUUUACUACUUACGACAUACAAAUGCUUUAUAACAAAUAAAUCCAUACAUUGACAGAUAGAUAUGAAUUUGUAAACUUUUAAACUUGAUUUCAUCUCUCCAUAGGUCAGAUCAUCUUUUGAAGGAAAAUUGCAAAUGCCUACAUUGGAGAGGAAUACUUUAACAAAGAAAGUGUAUCUACUGCCAGGCUACUGAUUCACCUACACGUACCAAAUGAAGAAAGGAGUUGCAAUCCAUGUUUGAAAUAUUAAUUCUUCUUACUCUCUGUCAACUAUUCUAUAUAAAAAAUGAUCCCUGCAUCUUUUGUUAGGAUUAACUAAUAUUUCUGAUUUUAUGGACUUUUAGCCCAACCAUCGUCUGACAGCCACUAGUGAACUUGUAAGAGUGCAAGACAGUGUAAUUUGUCUGAAAUUGUACUGUUUAUAACAGAAAUACUGCAGGGGUAGUAUCUAUGCACCAAAAUCACUUUAUUAAGAUGAAAUUAUUUUGGUGCUUAGAUUAUCUCUGUAUCUACACAGGUACCAAGCAUUUCGGAGUCUUUGAAUAAUCUUGAAUAAGGGUCAUCAAUGAUCGCAACUAAGAAAUAAAUUAUUUUAUUUUCUGAUGAAAAGAGUGGCAACUUUCAGCUCCACUGAGCCUUUAUAACGUCAUAAAAGUCCUUUGUAUCACUGCUGUAUAUUUGCUAAUUCUUAAUUUUUCAUCUUAAAUAGCAUUAUGUAAAUACUAUAUGUAAAUGUGACAAUAGUUUGUCUACAUUUACAUUAUAAGUACUAUGUAGGACAAAUAACUUGAAAAACAAGAAUAUUGAUGGUGACAGAGCUACUUACAAAUACACCAUCUUGUUGGUUUAUGACAUUCCUAAUUUAAUUAGUGGUAAAGCAUCAGUGAUGCUUUAUUUAUAAAUUGCUUUUAUAUAAAACCUGAGAAACAUGAGUUCAAGUAUGUACUGAAAAGUUAUGGGAUUCACAGUUAUGUGUUUUAAUGCAAAAAUAACCCCCGUGUUUAGUUAUAGACUGCACCAAUAGACAGGAAAAUCAACAGAGCCAUAUUAAACCAAACCUUAGCCAGGUGCUAAGAAAAAUGAAUGCCAGCACCCACUCUUUUGUACAAUGUAGUUGUCUUGAUAGAUAAAAAGGUGUCUGUGACUUUCCUGUAUACUCUUAGACGUUUCUAUAUGUCCUCUUUUAUAAAGACUUCAAACUUAAAGAGACACUAUAGUCACCAGAACAACUACAGCUUAUUGAAUUUGUUCUGGUGAGUAGAAUCAUUACCUUCAGGUUUUUUGCUGUAAACGCUGUCUUUUUAGAGAAAAUGCAGUGUUUACAUUACAGCCUAGUGAUAACUUCACUGACCACUCCUCAGAUGGCUGUUAGAGAUCCUUCCUGGGUCAUGGCUGCCUUAAAUGCAUCCAAACAUUCAGUAUCUCCUCCCUCUGCAUGCAGACACUAAACUUUCCUCAUAGAGAUUCAUUGAUUAAAUUCAUCUCUAUGAGGAGAUGCUGAUUGGCCAGGGCUGUGUUUGAAUCAUGCUGGCUCUGCCCCUGAUCUGCCUCCUUGACAGUCUCAGCCAAUCCAAUGGGGAAGCAUUGUGAUUGGAUCAGACUACCACUUCUGAUGAUGUCAGCAGACUGCUUGUUUUUCUGAGCCAAACAGCAUGCAGAUCUACAGCUUCAGGCUUGAAUACAGUAGGAUUUUGCUAUAUUUAUGGAGGCAUGAGGGGCCCAGGGGGGGCUAGAUGGUGGUUUUAACACUAUAGGAUCAGGAAUACAUGUUUGUGUUCCUGACCCUAUAGCAGGGAUAGGCAACCUUCGGCACUCCAGUUGUUGUGGACUACAUCCCCCAUAAUGUUCUUACACACAUAAUGCUGGCAAAGCAUCAUGGGAGGUGUAGUCCAAAACAUCUGCAGUGCCGAAGGUUGCCUAUGCCUGCUAUAGUAAUCCUUUUACCAUUAUUUUGUGUGAAAAAAAAUGUAAUAAGCUGUUACAAGCAAUGCAUUUUAUACCAUAAAAGAGCUUACUCUAAUCCGUAAGAAAAAAGUACAAUGGUUGUUACUGUUUAUUUUAGUUUUUUUUGUGGCACUUAGUUAUUGAAUUAAAGAGAUACUAUAAACACUUUUACACAACUAUCAGUCUGAGAGAUCAUUAAAAUCUGAAUAUCUGAGCAAUGCAGAUUUUCAAACCAAAGAC